AUGGACAUAGAUGUAUUAAUUGCAAUGUCAACAGAUGACUCAACUAGGUUACGUUUAGAACAAAUCAGAGAACAGUAUAACUCUCUCGUUCCUGUAGUAAAUAAUGAAUACGUUUCUUUUUGUACUAAUGUCUUUACUGAUUCAAUCGACUCAGAAACACCUGACCAAAUGAAUCACCACUUAAAUGAUAUUUCAUUUUUAAGAAGAAAAAAACAAGAGAGUGUCGCUGCCAUUUCUAAGUUAUUAGACCGUUUUGGUAGUUUCAAUGAAAUGAAAGUAAAUGACACAGAACAGCUAAAAGUUCUUGAUGACAUGGAACGAAGGAUCAGAGAACGACUUAGUACUCCUAUUGCUAGAGGUUAUCAACCUAAUCCAUAUGAACAACAAAACCCUCCUUCAUACCCUUCAGUAUACCCUCAAGACAUCUAUCAACAAGGAACAUACCCAGCACAAGACAAUGUCUAUGAAUCAAAACCAAUUAAGCGAUAUGAAGAGAUUGGAGAAUAUCCACCUCGCCAUAUGAAAAUAGCAAAAACAGUUGACAGUGAGAGACCAAUAACAGACCCAUUAGUAAAUAAUGCCAUGUCAAAAAUUUUUAAAAGAGUAAAAAAAUCUACAGUCAAAUGUAUAUUUGAUUCAGACGUAGAUGGAUGGGAUCGUGCUGCUUUUACUGAUAUUAUAUCUGGUUUUUCUAGUGUUAUGAUUAUAGUUUCACCUGUGGAUGAUAGAGUUUUUGGAUGUUAUAUUGACACAGAAAUCCAUCCACAUAGAUGGAAUGGUGGAGAGUGUAGCUUUUUAUGUGCAUUGCAUGGAAAUGAUUUCUUUUGGGUUCAUGGAUAUAAUAAAGGAGUUCCUAAAGAUGUUGAUCUUUUAAAAAUUGGUGAACCAAAUGAAGAUGUUUUCUUUUAUUUCACUAAGUAUAUUUCUUUCCAAGCCAAUAAAGGAUUGAAAAAAAGUCAUUUUGAUGCAAAAAUUUUAGAAAUUGUACAACCUAAGCCAGGAACAUUUAUUGGUGAUGGUAUUACCAAAUAUUUUGAGUUACGAAAGUUCAUUGUUUUACAUUUCUCUUGA